AUGCUCGCGCGCGCGCUCGAGCGAUGCGCGCGACGACGCGCGCGCGAGGCGAUUUCGCGCGCGUCGCGCGACGCGCGCGCGUCGACGCGCGCGUCGUCGUCGUCGUCGCGCGCGGGGACGUCGAACGGUGAACCAGCCGCCCCGGUGGUGCGGACGCCCAUCCCGGGACCGGCGUCGCGACGCGCCGUGGAAGCGCUCAGCGCGCACGCGGACGUGGGGUCGAUACGAUACUUCGUCGACGUCGACGCUUCGCGCGGGAAUUACGUCGUCGACGCGGAUGGGAACGCGGUGCUGGACCUGUACGCGCACAUCGCGUCGCUGCCGGUGGGAUACAACCACGAAAAGAUGCUCGCGGCGAUGCGAGACGAAGCGAACGUGGGGAUUCUCGCGCACCGACCGGCGCUGGGGAAUAACCCACCGAUCGGAUGGGACGACAGAGUGGCGCGAACGCUCAUGCGAGUGGCGCCGAAAGGGUUGACGCGCGCGACGACGAUGGCGUGCGGGGCGUGCGCGAACGAACACGCGAUGAAGGCGGUAUUCAUAAGCGCGGCGAACGCGCGGCGGGGCGGACGCGAGAUAAGCGAGGAAGAAAAGGUGAGCUGUCUGACGAAUCAAGCGCCCGGGUCGCCGGGAUUUAAAGUUUUGUCGUUCGAUGGUGCGUUUCACGGACGGACGGCGGCGUGUCUGUCGCUGACGCACACAAAGUGGAUUCACAAGCUUGAUUUCCCGACGUUUGACUGGCCGUCGUGCCCGUUUCCGAAAUUAAAGUACCCACUGGAUAAAUUUGAGCGAGAAAACGCCGAAGAGGAGGCGCGGUGUCUCGCUGAAGUCGAGAAGGCGUUGACGCGAGAUCGAGACGUCGUCGCGGUGAUCGUCGAGCCCAUGCAAGCGGAGGGCGGCGAUAAUCACGCGAGCGCGGAUUUUUUCCGAAAGCUUCGCGCUUUGACGAAGAGAGAAAACGUCCGCAUGAUCGUCGAUGAGGUGCAGACUGGGUGUGGAUCGAGUGGGACGUUUUGGGCGCACGAAGCUUGGGGAUUAGAACAUCCGCCGGACAUUGUGACGUUUAGCAAAAAAAUGCAAAUCGCGGGAUUCUACGCGGCCGCGGAUCUCGCGCCCGAGCUCCCGUACCGCAUCUUCAACACGUGGAUGGGUGAUCCAGCAAAGCUCAUUCAGCUCGAGGUUGUCCUCGAUUGCAUAGAAGAGCAUCAUUUAUUGGACGUCGUGAAAUCCGCCGGCGAGACGCUCUUGAAUGGGUUGCGCGAGUUACAGGAGAAAUAUCCGAGCAUUCUCGCCAAUGCGCGGGGCGUGGGCACGCUUGUCGCCAUCGAUUGCGAUACAUCCGCGCGCAGGGACGCGCUGUUGCACGCACUCUUGCAAAAAGGUGUCGACAUCGGCGGGUGCGGCUCGGCGACCAUUCGCGCGCGUCCGGGGCUCUUGUUUACUUCGGCGCACGCGGGGGUGUUUUUAGAGCGGUUCGAGCGAGUCCUCGCUGCUGAAAUGUAG